AUGGCCAUGAACUCAAAUUUCGUUUAUCCUAACUCGGGACAACAAACUGCCGAAGAAGAUUCCCAAACUCCGAAUCCUGGCAACCCAUCCACAACUUGCUACGAAAUUGACCACGCGGCAUCACAUCUAUCGCUCCACGAUGGAAGCAACCCUAAUCCGAUAGACAGCAGCCACCCAAGCCCACCAAAACUGUUCAGCUCUCCGCAACCAGGCAACAUCCCGCAAAUUCCGCCAAACCAACCUGCUUCUCCGCAACGACCGCCCCCCCUCGACGAAGCCGACAACAGCAACAUCUCCCCGGAUAUAUUACCCACCUAUGGCGAACUCAAAGAUCAGGAAGGACAUCGAUUUGGAAGGUGGCGAGGAUGGAUCGAAAAACGUGCUCGAGAGCGAGUUGAAGAACGGACGGUUGAUCGCCAGCAGGCGGAACUACAGGGACGUCCAUUCGGGACCGGCUGGGACUUGCCUCAAUCAAAUCAACCCCAGAUUCAACCUCAAUCCACUCCUCUUGACCGAAAUUCAUCCAUCAUAUCGGCUAGGGACGAACGCGCAGCCUUCAAAUCAGCCUCACGAAACCACAAAGAUACGUUCUUAAGACAUCAGAAGGGCAAAUUCGACGGCUCAACAUCCGCCCACAAACCAAACCUCGAACCUGGACCAGGAGCCGUGAACCUGACCCCAUCUACCUCGAUCCAUCAAAUCGGGUCCCGCUUUCUACCCCAAUUUCCCUCCCAACCACUAUGCGCAAUCCCCCUGCCACUGAGUAGAAUCAGGAAUUAUACCUCAUCCACCGACCCGCCUGCCGAAAGAUUCCUACUGGUUGGGACGAUCGAAGGGCUCUACGUGUGCGAUCUGAUGCCCUCUCUUUCGUCCACCGUCAAGAAAGAUAUGGUCUCACCCACCGACAGCAAAAUAUAUCAACUAUGGCAAGGCUUAGGCGUACAUCAACUCGAAAUUGCAAUCGAAGAUACACCCCACUCUUCAAAUGCCUCUUUACCUGGCAUCGUCAUUGCACUCACAUCGUCCUCAAAUGAAUCGAUCAUGAGUGCUGGCAUGGAUGGGAUCACGAAAUCAGUCAAGAUGUGGCCGCUCCAGUCGAUGGUUAAUCUUGUCAAGUUUCGUGCGUUUAGUGAAAGCUCCGAAUGUUUAGAUCUAGCAGAGCGAUCUUCAAGCACCAAAAGAAGCUCGGCUUUAGUUGCUGGAACUUCUGCUCUAGCUGGAUUGAUGUCGAUGUUUGAGAAGGGCAAGCAAAAAGCCGAGGGCUCGAUCAGCAACUUAUCCGACAGUCUUUCCAACACGUUUCCUUCUCACCCCGCGAGUGCACCCAGCCGACACCAAUCGAGGGAUUCUCAUGGACACAAGCCUUCUACAAGUCAUCCGCUGCCCAAUCCAUUGCCCCCCUCUGCCGCGGGUCAGAAGUCAUCGAAUCAAUCACAUCUCGAGUUACCCCUCCAAUGGGCAAAGCAAACGAUAUCCCUGAAUCUGCCUCGCAUUCAGGCCCAUGGACCGAUACUAUUCAUCAAACUUUCAAAUUCACCCGUGCCCGGAUUCAAUCCCAUUAAUGAUCAAUUAGACCAAAUCAACGACUCCCUUCCCGCAGGAUUAAGAUCACGAUCACGCGCACGUACCGAUGACGGAGAUGAUGAGCCUAAAGGCCAUACGCCCAAUGACGGAUGGUGGUAUUUGAUCAUCGCCACCAAGCAAAUGAUAUUUGUCAUGGAGUCACAGCCUACCCCUCAACGAACAUGGCAUUUAUGUGCUGAGAUGUCGGCGCCUUUCACGGCAAAGACUGCGCAUUUAGUCCUGUCUGAGUUUUCCAGGUCCAACAACAACAACAGUAGAGCCGCAUCUCAUUCCCGUACCUCCACACUCAGCCGACGAACGCUCAAUCCUCGGCUUGGAUAUGGCGAACUUGCGGUGCUGCUGACGAUGAAGGAGUAUGCGGUCGUCAUUUCCUUGAGCGACCUGAGCGUUCGAGAAUUAGAUUUACAGGGGGCCAUCGCGGCAAGCCAGACGACGACCAGCAUUUCCUCCUAUACAACCACAACGCUAAGACCCACUACGGGCAGCUUUAGUGGCCUCAGUCAGUUGGAACGUAACUUCAAGCCGUUUGGGCGCAACUCGUCUUCGAUUUCGGGCUCCAUCGAGCCCGUCUUGGUCAACAAACGGAUCAAAGAUGGGUUUGGAAAAUCAAAAGAUGAUGGUUUCCAAGUCGAGAAUCGCCGAUCCAACCGGCUAGUCAGUGACCGACGGUGGGCAGGAUGCGAAGAACUAUUGAUUCCAGUUCCCAGCCAAACGCCUAAUUGCCAGAACACCGCUGGAGCGGGUGGUCGUGAUGAGGUUGAAAGCGAAGAAGAACAUCAUCUUCGAGCGAUUUAUUUGGUAACGCGUGGGUAUCUGACCUAUGCGGUCAUUUGCCCAUUCGGAUAUGAGUCCCGUUCACGAUCGUCUACGAGGGAGCAAUCAAGCUCGGGCAUCGACCAACAUUCAGGACUCGCGGGAGGCCUCCCACUGCCGCUAUUACUCAAGCCAAUCCAUACCUUCACAUGGCGAGCAAUCCCAGUCAAGGUCCAGGCGCAGAUCAUUCCUACACCGUCUAAAUGGAAGAAUGUCGACGGGAAGAAAGAUCCUGGCGGGGGACCUGGGAGCAGACCAUCAAGUGACGAGGUGUUCUGCUGCUUGACGGCGUUUACGGCGUCGAGCGUCGAAGUUCAGGAAGGAUUUAUCUCGCUGAAGUUUCUGAGGAUGGUUUGGGAGGCGGGGAAAGCGAAGGAGCGCCCACAUGGAAACAUGUCGUUCUUCACUCCUGCGAGCAGUGCCCAUCGGCGCCGCUUCAGGCAGACCUCGGCAUCAUCCUUCUCAUCGGCUGUCACGACGAGCAGCACCGACGACGACCUCGUCCCGCCCGGCCGACUGCCGGGCGCCCGGCGCGGCCCGGGCUUGCCGUCGUCUCCGCGGCCGCCCGCCGCCCACAGAUCGCGCCUGUCGAUCUCGUCUGUUGAGCAGCCUUUUGAGGAGACCGAGGAGGAGUUGAACGACAACAGCUCGUACGACUACAGCGCCAAGAUCGGCUACCUGUGCAGCUCCGCCGCCUGGUUCUCGCCCUCCUCUGCCCCCAACACUCUCCGCCCUAACCCCCAUAUCCAUCCCCUCGACCGCAACCCAAACAGCUUCGAUUCGUCAACUUCCGACACUACCAUCGGCACCCAUGACAACCAUCUUCCUCCCCCUCAUCAAUCCUUCGAUCAUCAUUCUCAACAGCUCGGCUCAAGAGACUUCACCCAAGGUAGCUUUUUCUGGAAACAGGCGGUGGGAGAAUGGAAAAUCAUGUUUGUUUGUAACAGUAUGGACUUAUAA